AUGGCUUCAGAGCGUGUAUAUCAGCUUGAAGACGAAGUGAGAGAACUCAGAAAUCAGAUCACUCACAAAGAUAUUUCCUUUGAUAAUAUCAAAGGCGAGAUUGCUACAAAAUUGGAAGAGAUACGGGCUCUUAAAUCAAGAGUAGAAGAAUUAGAGCAGGGUGUUUCUUUAGCACAGAAGGAGUUAACAAAAAUGGAUUCUUUCAAACGUAAAUUAGAACUAGAAAACGCAGAACUAUCUACUAAAAAUAUUUAUCUAGAUCUAGAGAAAAAAGAUUUAGAAGAUACAUUAGCCGAAAAAAAAGAUGAAUUAGCACAGAUGAAAGAUAAUUUAGUUACAACUCAAAGAGCAUUAAUAAAGAAAGACACCCUCCUUAAAGAAGCAGUCCUAAAUAAAGCUCAUUUAGCCAAACAGAUCCCAAAAACAUUUAGUGAAUCUGAAGUGGCUGGAGAGGUUUUAGAGGGACCAGGUGUUAGCGAAUAG